CAUUUACCCUUGCCUCUGUAGUGUUCAUAGUUUUGGAAGGACUGGAUAGAAUUAACAAAUCUAGUGAUGGCACCACCUAGUUUUCCAACAAGCUGAAUUGAGCUUCUAUUGCUGUCUAGCUAGCCCUGAGAUUAGGAUCCCUGAUGGGGAAAGGGGCUGGAAUGGAACCAGGGCCCCCUGACCCCCUCAGCUCAGGCAAGAGGAGCAGCUCGACCCAACGCCAGCAACCUAAAGUUCAACCAGGACCGUAUUGUACCUCAUCCAUAGACCUGUGCUAAUACUCUGUGCUUUGUCUGUCUGACCGAGCCCCUCGGAGUAAGACAGGGUGAUUUUUUCAUCCUUAUUACCAUAUGCCGUGGUGUCACUGAGGCCAUGUAUAAAAUAUGCAGUUCCAUAUUAUUGUGGAAGUGUUGUGAAGUUACUGUUGAUGCCUGUUUUGGUUCAAAAUGGUCUCAGAUUUGUAUUGGGUCAGUGUGUGAGUGUGGUUUGUGGCCAAUGUCAAUGGAUUGUAUCAACAGCUUCACGCCCACCUCCAUUCUCCUCUCUAAGAGUUUACUCUUGCAUAAACACAUACAGGCUUUUAUCACCAUGUCUCUUUUUCCCUCUCCAGGACUCUCCUCUGCGUAGUAGCUCCAGCCCCCCCAACAGUACAGGCAGUACAGCAGACAGUGAUGGCUGGACCCCUGUCCCUCAACCCCCCUCUUGCCCCCUGCGGCCCCCCAUACCCCUGCAGGACAAGAACAGGAAACGACCCCAUCUCACGCGAAUCCACCCUGGGGCCUCACUAUCCAGCCAUGUAAUGAAAAAUCAUGGCCAUUUAGCAUCCUCCCUGCACCCAGAUGACCAGAGGAAAGCCAACAAACUGAAGAAGAGGAGGAAGGACUGGGAGAGCCAGGCCGGCGAGCCGAGCUCUGCACAUCAGGCCGACGCAAUGAGCCCAGAGCCACAGUUCCCCCUGCCCCUGGGAGGACGACCAAUCAAAGACGAGCCUGAGGAUGACUUCUUCAUCCCCCUCCACCCUUCGUCCCCUCACCCCCUGCCCAGCCCCUCUCACUUCAAUAACUCCUCCCCCUGUAAGCAGGAGCACAAUGAGGAGUGGGAGUGCUGGGCUGGACAGGGGCUGGUGGAGGGCAUGGUGAAGGUGGAGAGUUUUACUGGGAACAGGACGGUGAUCCGACAGGGGAAACAGGUGGUGUUCCGAGAUGAGGAUGGCUCCGGAGAGGAUGAGGACAUCAUGGUGGACUCCGAUGAUGACUCGUGGGACCUGGUGACGUGUUUCUGUAUGAAGCCGUUUGCAGGCCGGGCCAUGAUUGAGUGUAACCAGUGUAACACGUGGAUCCACCUGUCCUGUGCUAAGAUCAGGAAGUCCCACGUUCCUGAGACUUAUAUGUGUCGGAGCUGCACACUGGGCCUGACAGACACCCGCCGCUCAUACCGCUCACGCAUUGGCCCCCGCAGACACCUUCUUGACUGACCCCAUUGCAAACCCCUUCACCCCUCUCACCUGCAUUUAGACCAUGCCCCAUACGGUUCUAACCCCAACCCGGUCCUAUAACGCAUGCCCCAGGCCAGCCCUUUCCUUUUGUCCCUGACCCCAGUCCUACCCCAUUUCCCAGGCCCUUUUCCUCACCCCUAUUGUGUCGACUAAGCCUACUAGUCAUCCCUCGGGGUCUUCAACACCCCCAAACUAAACCGAUCCGAGUGCUAUUUAAGAUUUAUUAUACAUUUGACGGUUUCUCUCUGCUUCCUUCCGGACUCUGUGCGUAAGUCAAUCACUGAAUGUCUGUCUGUAGUAGUACAAUAGUUGACCAGUAGGGUUGGACUCCGUAGUCUAGUCUGGCUGACCGGUUAGCUCCGACUGGAUAGAGACUAGCAACGCAUCUCGCAUGAACAGUGGAAACCUGUCUUCACUCUUAAACUGUCGGAGAGAAUGGCCUAUAGAGCUGCCACCCAACAGUGUGCAUUUUGGGACGUUGGCUUUUUGCACUUAUUUCAUGCGUUAAAGGGGUGUGUUGACUUGCCAACCCCUUCUCCCCCAACCACCCUCUCAACUAGGUGGUUGGUACAUUUGUCUGUCUGAGGGAAGCCUUUGUCUAAAGCCUCAAGCAGUGGGUCUGUAGAUAAUGAUGUCCAGUUCUAUACUGAACAAAAAUAUAAAUGCAACAUACUUAGUUAAUUCAUAUAAGGAAAUUUGUCAAUUGAAAUAAAUAAAUUGGGCCCUAAUCUAUGGAUUUCACAUGACUGGGAAUAUAGAUAGGAAUCUGUUGGUCACAGAUACCUUAACAAAAAAAAGGUAGGGUCGUGGAUCAGAACCAGUUGCCUCAUGCAGCGCAACACAUCUCCUUCGCAUAUAGUUGAUCAGGCUGUGGAAUGUUCUCCCACUCCUAUUCAACGGUGAGUUUUAUUUUGAUUUAUUGUUUUUUUGUAUCUUUAUUUAACUAGGCAAGUCAGUUAAGAACAAAUUCUUAUUUUCAAUGACUGCCUAGGAACAGAGGGUUAACUGCCUGUUCAGGGGCAGAACGACAGGUAGCCCCAGGGGCAGAAUGGGGCUACCUUGCCGCCCCAUUCUACCAUGUGCAGGCCAUGGAAGAAGUGGGACAUUUUCAGCUUCCAGGAAUUGUGUACAGAUCAUGGGGCCGUGCAUUAUCAUUCUGAAACAUGAGGUGAUGAAUGGCACGACAAUGGGCCUUGUCACGG